AUGGCGAGGAUGAGGGAAGGGAGAGGGAGAGCUGUUACCUUCCUCCUGCUGCUGAGGCUGACAGGUCAUGCCAUCUUGGCUGAAGAUGCGCCCAUAGCAAAGAGCGCCAGCGUCCUAGGAGGAACGGGCGGUUUCUUGUCGCUGGCGCAUGGAUUUCAUAUCCCUUCCUACUCGAUCAGUAACACAGACUCCGAGCACACGGACAUCAAUGUGAAAUGGCCAGUGUGCUUCGGCAAGCAUUCAGCCCUCCUUGGCACCUUUUGUGUCCCCGGCAUGGACGCGUCAGACGCGAAGAAGGAUCUUGCGUCCAUCUCGUUCGAUGUCGCACCUGGUGCUGGACGUUCAGUCACCCUUUUCCUCCUCGCCGAUGAAGACAACGCGUAUGGGAAGUUUUGGACAGACGCAGUAGCAAACAGAUCCUGCUCCUCCAUCUCGCAGUACGCCAAGGCCGUGAUCUCUCCCGGUGGCGAUGGCAGGGUGCAAGGAUCCCGCCAGCUCCAGGGGCAGCAUGCGCACCUGUGGUACCUGGUGGCGGUAGACUGUGACAAGAGGAUAUGCCCCAACGUGACUAGCGCGCACCUCACCUUCUAUCACCCCGGGACAGAUGGGUCGAACGAGCUGUGCUCUGGGAGCCUGUCAGUGGCCGUGCUCAAGGAAGCCAUGUUCGAAGGGUGGAGGUCGCUCAGUUUUCGCAACCUUCUGAAUGUCUCGGGUGUCACUCCAGUCGGUGUCAUCGUCCUCUAUGCUUCCUUUGUCAUCCUCUGUGCCUGCAGCUUCUACUUCUUCUUCAAGAGCAGGUCAGCGCCGAGCCUCGUGGUCAAGGAUCUCCUGCAGAAUGCCUUCUUCAUCAUGACCAUCGCAGGCAUCUGCUACCUGGCCAUGGCGACUGGCAACGGGCUGCUGGUCCUUCGGAAGACGGGCAUAGGGAUCAGUUCAAAGUGGGCCUACAGUGACUCUUUGAUCUCCUCCCCUGGGGACAAAGCGCACCCCAACCCGCUCUACGACGAGGAGUACGCGCUAGCUCCGACUUACCCCCUGUUCUACGUGCGGCACCUAGCAUGGCUCCUCGUGUCUCCCCUUCUCCUCUACCAGAUCUGCGUCGUCGUCGGCUGCACUUCUGUGCCCUUCCAGUCCCUCAUGUUCUUCUCUGUCAGCCGCGUCGUCUGCCUGUUCGUUGCCUCGGCGGUGCUGGGCGGCUCCAGGUGGUUGUUUUGGAUCCUCAGCAUCUUCUGCUACGUUGCGCUCGUUACUGUGCUGAUGGCUGAUGUAACGUCCCUGUCGAAGAGGAGGGGCAAGAGGAAUCACGAGAUCUGCAACAAGCUGUCGACCGUUGUCUACGUUGGGUUCGGGCUGGCAGAGAUCCUGUGGAUAGUGACCGAUGGAACCAAGGUGUUCUCCAGUGACGUAGCCAUCAUCUCGAACUCAUUUCUGGACGUGUUCAUAGUGUGCUUCUCUUCUUUCGUCUUGUUGAAAGAAGGGGAGGUGGCUGUCCCUGGACUGAGGUCUAGCGACAUUGUUGGAAUGGACGAUGAUUUGUCCGCCGUAGCCUUCUCGGGGGCUGGACUGCUCGGUGACGACCUAGGAGACCUGGAAGACAAUCUCUAG